AUGAGUCCUCGGAGGCAGCGAGCGUCGGUCCCGCUGCUGCUGCUGCUGCCGCUGCUGGGCGGCUGCCUCCUCGUGGCCGCCCGGAGAGACAAGGGGGCGGCAGGCAGCGCGGCCCAGCCGGCCCCGGGUCCCGCGGGCGGCUCCUCUGGCCGCUUCGUCAGCCCCGAGCGGCACGCGUGCAGCUGGCAGCUCCUGCUGCCCGGCCCGGGGCCCGCGGCGGGCAGCGAGCUGGCGCUGCGCUGCCAGGACCCGGACGGGGCGCGCCACCAGUGCGCCUACCGCGGGGAGCCGGAGCGCUGCGCCGCCUACGCCGCCCGCGGCGCGCACUACUGGAAGCAGGUGCUGGGCGGGCUGCGCAAGAAGCGGCGGCCGUGCCAGGACCCCGCUCCCCUCAAGGCUCGCGUGUGCGCGGGCAAGAAGGGCCACGGUGCUGAGCUGCGCCUGGUGCCCCACGCGUCCUCACCCGCGCGCCCCACUGCGGCGGGCUUCCCCCCGGAUCCCAAGCCCCGCGCCAGGAGCCGGGGGCGCCUCCGGGAGCCCGCGCCCGGCCCCUCCGGAGGGGCCCGACUUCCCGCCGGCGCGUCUCCCAGAGGGAAGCCGUCUGAGACCAACGGCGGCAAGAGGAAGGCGGCCUCGGACCCAGACCAGGAGCGACCCCUGGGGACCGGGCCCGAACCCGACGGGCUGGACGAGAACGCGAAGCUCACGGAGACCUACUGUGCUGAGAAGUGGCACUCCCUCUGCAACUUCUUUGUCAAUUUCUGGAAUGGCUGA